AUGCUCAGACAACACAUGAGAUGUGACGCCCCUCCUUUUUCACCAGCCGAUUAUGAUCAUAUUAUGCAAUGUGCUGAAAAAAAGCCUAGAGAUAAAGUUUUAAAGGAUUUAACAAAUAAAUAUCACACAUCACAAAAACGUAUUUAUCAGAUCUGGAGAGGUGAAGAAAAAAAUAGGGUUGCGUGGAAUCAACCAAUUCAUAUGCCAACAGCUUCGCUUUCUAAUAUAAAUGUUGUGGGCGGGCGGACCGAGCCAGAGAUCCAAGACCAAGAUGUUUCUCCAUUUGCAGAACUGGAAAAACAAAUACGUGAUGGUAAGAUAGAGUCUAGCAAAUCUAUUGAUUCAGUUUUAGAAGAAGGUAAAAAGGCAAAAAAGGCUGGAGGGAAGAAAUUGAAGUCCAAAUCUGCCUUAGCAGAAAUAACACCAUCUCCCGUCCAGACUCAACCCAUCCCCAUAUCGCAUGAGAAGGUGGUAGAAAGAAACAUAAAAACUAUAGCGAAUAUUAAGAAUAUAGUAGAAAAAUAA